AAAAUUCUGGACCAUUUAAUCCUGGAAAGACACCUACAAUGGCUACGUCCUUGACCUCUCUUUCCUCCUCCGUUGAAACCGGAGCACGACCACCGAUCAACCGACACGGCCGCCACCGUCUUCCCCCUUCGCGCCUCUUCCCUCUCCCUCCUUAUGCACCUUCCAUCUACUCUGCAUCUUACUCAGACAUCACGAGCUGCUCUUGGAGACGACGCUCUUUGAAGAACAUUUCUGCGCUCGAGACCUCUGAUGGCACCGUUAACGUUGACGUAGACGAUGACGAAGAAGAACAAGAAGAAGAAGCGUGUGAGCUGGUUAACAGAGCAGAAGUGUCAAUUGACGGCGUUGAAGCUCACCUUUUAACGGCGGUAAAGAAUAACAACGGAACUGGAUUGCUUAUACUCUCUGAUGUCUUCGGCUUCCAGGAUUCAUCCACAAGCGACUUCGCUUAUCGUGUUGCUUGCAAUGGCUACAAUGUUCUUGUCCCGGACCUGUUCCAUGGAGAUCCAUGGUCGAAAAACCGACCAGAGUCCGAAUACGAGGAAUGGAGAAAAGGACAAGACCCGAACCGGAUCCGAGAAGACGUAACAGCGUUGACCAAAUGGAUGGUUGAUGAAUUUGCAGCGGCCGGGAUCUCCAAGAGGCUAGGAGUGAUGGGAUUCUGUUUUGGCGGUGGACGCGUUGUAGACGUGUUAGCCGCCGAUCAGAACGGUUACUUUAGCACCGGAGUGUCCUUCUAUGGAACCAGAAUAGACUCUUCGGUGGCCGGAGAAGUAAAAGUCCCGGUCUUGUUCAUUGCCGGAGACAGAGACCCGCUUUGCAAAGUAGAGGAUUUGAAGGAAAUUGAGGAGAAAAUUGGUGGUGAAGGGUCGAAGUUUGUUGUGUUUGAAGGAAGAGCUCACGGCUUUGUUCACAGGCCGGAGACACCGGAAGAUGAUAGAGACGCCGAGGAAGCUUUUGCCAUCAUGAGGAAUUGGUUACAUCAUCAUCUGCUGCUUGGAAACUAACGAUUUUAUUCUGUGCUCUAUGUACAUCCCGUUUAAAAAGAACUUCCGAUUCUUGUAGAAAUCUAGGUAUCUGGAUCCGUUUAAAAUAAAACUUAGUUAACAAAAUAGCUAGAUAAUCGGAAUUUGCUAAAACCGAUUAUGAGUUACCAGAUCAAAUCU